AUCCCCAAACGCAAUUCCUCCUCGCACAGCAUUCCACUGUUCCCAAGCCCAGCAGACUACUGUACUUCAAUCCGCCUAUUCUUCGUGAUUCAGUCGUGCAUUUGACGAAAGCAACCUGUCUCAGAUGGCUCCGAUCUCCCCACGUGCUGCAUUGGCUAUUCUUCUAGCUCUCUCUCUUGGAGCGCUCCUCGCUCCGUCCGCCCACUCCGCUCGUCCUGGUCUCGGAGUUCGCGCCAAGAUUCUGGCAUCUCUCCAUGGCAGUCUCACCACACCGUGCGCGGCACUCAACGCUCGCAUUGGAGGCACUAGCAGCAUUGUAGGAGCCAACGUGGGUGGCACCGCUGACAUCAGCGUUCUCAGGAGGGGAGCAUCCGUUUAUCUCUCAUACAAGAUCACGGCCCAGGGCUUGACUCAGCGCCCAUCCUCAUCCCCUGCCAUCAUCACCCGCAGCCCCUGCUCUCCCUCCUCCUCCUCCUCCUCCGCCUCCGCCUCCUCCUCCGCCUCUUCCCCUCCUGCUGUUUCUGCAUCCUCCUCUCUCUCUGGCGAUGGCUCACUAAGCGCCUCCCUCUCGCCCACCACUGGCGCCACUGGCACUGGCUCCCUCUCCGCCUCCACCUCUCUCCUCAACUCCUCCCUCUCUGCAACCACAGGUGGUGGUGCUGGAGCCUCCCUCUCUCCCGACGGUUCCCUCUCAGGCGUGGGAGGUCUUGCCGCCUCCACCAACCUCCUCAACACCUCCGCAUCUGCUGCUGGCAGCGCUGACGCAUCCCUUCCCAGGGGCACUGCUUCUGGCUCUGGCUUUGUCUCUGGUUCUACUGCUCUCCUCAACACAUCUGCCGGCGUCGGAGCAGGAGUGGGCGUGUCUCUCCCCAACGGCACUCUUUCCGGCUCUGCUUCCCUCGGAGCCUCCUCCCCUCUCCUCAACACCUCAGCUGGCGCCGGCGCUGGCGUCAAUGCAGGCUCGGGAGGCGUCCAGGCCAACCUCGGAGGCUCGGCAAACCUUGAUCUCUCCCCAGCGGGGCUUGUUUCUGGGGUGGGUGGGGUUGUCUCUGGUGUGGGCGGGGCUGUGGGGAAUGUGGUCGGUUCGGCGGGGAAGGCUGCAGGCUCGGUGGUAGGCACAGUGGGUAAUGUCGCAGGCUCGUUGAUCGGCACUGUGGGGAAAGUGGCAGGCUCGGCUGCAGGCUCGGCAGGGAAAGUGGCAGGUUCGGUUCUUGGCUCGGUCCCCUCAGUCCUGUCUCCCCUGAUGGUGCUGCCUGGCACCUGGGUGACAGUCGCAGGUGGUGUCAAUGCUGGAAUCAACACUGCUGCUGGUGCUGCUGCUGGUGCUGCAGGUAGUGUGUAUGCGGUGGUGGGAGAGACGCGCAUCUCUGCUGAUCUCGCCUCGUCUCUCCUCGCUCGCAUCUCCUCCCCCUCCUCCGCACCUCUCUCCCUCUUCCUCCACCUCACCGGCCAGCAGAACCUCAUCGCCUUUCUGGAGUAAUUCCAGCAUUUGAGUCAACUCCAAGUCGAAAUCUCAUAGCCUCAUUGGAGUAAUCUGGCUGGGCCAGUGGGGCGAUCUGGUCUGGGCGUUGUCAGUUGGGGGGUUGGCGCAAGGAAAGCAAGUGGGAAGGAUGCUUGGAUGCUUGGACGUAGCAGUGCUGGUUAGAGCCUCAUUCAACUUGAUGGAAUGUGCCUCGCGGUGCCUUGAGAGUGGGUGGCUGGUCGGGUCAGCUGGCGGCUGUAGAGGCAAGCUGAGGCUUGUCAGCAGGUCACAAUAGCUGAGGUGUGGAGUGGCAAGCUGGCAAGUUGUAUCAAGUUGAAUGUACCGAAUGUACCAUGAAGUUAUCAAAAUGGAAGAUAUUAUUGC